AUGGCAUCCUUGCAAGAAGCAUUGCAAUGCCUCUCUCCCGCAACAUGGGACAGCAUCCCUACCGACUCCGCCAAACUACGAGACUACGUCAACGACAUCUCCUCGAAAGCGCGCCUGAUCGUCGACUCCGUACCGGAGUCUGCCCCCUCCCGCAAACAAACCCACUACAACUUCGACUCCAGCUCCCCCGCCGCAUCGCGCAUCACCCCGUCCCUGGCCCGCACAGGCUCCACAGAUCCCAAGCUCGCAUCUCUCCAGCGCGAAUGGGGCAAACCCCUGAAGCUCGCCGGGUCCAAGGAGAAUCCGCUCGAGAUCCCCAUCUACAAAGUGCAAGGCGCCGAUGGCAAGGGCCAUUGGUUUGGGCGCCGGAGCGUGCACGAGGGGCUUCCCUUCUCGACGUGGAAGAGGAAGCUAGCGAGCGAGAUGGACGAGACGCUUGAGGCGAACCAGGCGCGGAUACGGAAGGGGCGGGUCGCGGACCAGGCGGUGCGCGGGAUCGGGGCGGAGCGGCUGAUUGAGCGGGUGAAGGUGAAGGACGAGCAGGGGGGGCGGGAUCUAGGUACUGUCAAUGUGUAUCAUGUCUCUGCGCAGUUUCCGAAGCCAACUACACCGCGGGACUUCGUGACUCUUAUCAUUAACUGGGAGACGGAGGUGAAUGGGGGCAGCGAGGGUACUGGUGCCGGCGCGGGCGCGGAGGCUCGGCGCCGCGGCCGCAAUUGGAUGAUGGUGUCCAAGCCCUGUGAGCAUCCGGAUGCGCCGCCAAGGCAGGGGUAUAUUCGGGGUCAGUAUGAGUCUGUGGAGUUCAUACGGGAAAUCCCAGUCAACAAGCCUUCGGUGCAGCACGUGCCGCUUGAAAAGGCUGUAUCUCCAGCCAGGAGCGACGACAAUCUGCUUCGACAAGGCGCCUCUGCGGAUCCAGCUGCGCAGAAAGAGGCUACUGGCAGCAAAGCCGGUCGACCGCGAGGAAAGACGGAGUCGGCGGUUCUAGAGAAACGGGAUGAGACAGCCAAGCAUAUCGAUGACCUUGUUGGGGAUGACGAAGAAGAUCCGUGGCCAGUGGAGUGGAUAAUGGUGACCAGGAGUGAUCCGGGUGGCAAUAUUCCUCGUUGGAUGGUGGAGAAGGGGACCCCCAAGAGUAUCUGCACCGACGCAGUCAAGUUUGUCGAUUGGGCUUGUCGUGAUACAACCACACGAGACAAGGACGAGCGCGACAGCCACGGACGAGUUUCUUCAGAGAAAACGGUAAAUAGUCCGUCGCUGGACGGCGACGAAGAUAGUACCGACUCGGACGACCUGGAAUAUGAGGAAGAAGAACAUCAUGGCCUGAUUGCCAGUUUCGCGUAUCUUCUCAACGCAGGGCUGGAGCGAUAUGCGCCGAAGGCUGUCCUGGACUAUCUACCACACAGUCCACACCGUACCCGUGAAUCUUCAGCCCAGUACAGUUCCCCUGAUGACACCGACGAGCCCAGUGAAAAAGAAACCCCAUCGAACGUUGGCGCGGCGAAUGCCAAGGGUGGCACAGAAGGCCUCGAAAAAGAUGCCAGUACCAACGCCGACGCUGCGUCGCAAACCUCACAACCAGUCCCAACAACCAACUCCGUGCCUACGACUCCCCUCUCGGAACUCGCCCACGACAGCAUCUCUCCGGUGGAUGUGAUCAAGAUGAACAAAAAGGGCAAGCUUUCCUCUCACGAGAAGCAGCUCGCCAAGCUUGCACAGCGCAAACGCGAGGUCGAAGCUCAACUGGAGACCAUCCGGAACGAGCUCCAAUCGCUCCAACUCGGUUCCUCACCCGAGGUGGAUACCAAGAAGGCUCGAGCUGCUGCUGAUUCUGGCGCAAGCGACCAAGCCAGUAGCAGCGCUGCCAGUACCGAUCUAAAGCAGGGCGCGGUUGAAGGCGCUUCUUCAUCAAGCAACAGCCACCAUAAGCAUAAGACUAACAUCGAAUCAGCGCACAUGCACAAGGUCGCAUCCAGCUUAUUCCAGCAGGAAUCAAAACUCCUUAAACAGCUCGGGAAAAUCGAAAAGCACCAGCUCAAGGAAGCCUCCAAGAUAGAAGCGCAGCAGCGCAAGAACGCCGACCGCGAGGAGAAAACGCGGUCUAGGUCUGAGACGGAUGCUCUACGGCGGGAGGUAGAUACGCUCAAGAAGGAGGUCGAGCGGCUGCGGUCAGAGAGGCAGAAAUGGCUAGAUCUGAUUGCGUCGCUGCAGGCUGAGAAUACCAGGUUAGUGGCACGGCAGGGUGGUAAUGGCGAGGGGUCAAAAGUUUGA